AUUGGCACGGGUCCACAAAGUCACAGUUCUGAAAACCUAUAAAUAACCCCCCAAAAGUUGCAUUCCUCUUUGCAGCCUUUUUCCUUCUUGGCCAAGUUAACAAACGUCUAUGGAAGCCAAAACCGGAAAGUUCUUCGAGUCCGUCGGAGCAUUCUUAGACGGCGGCGGGGAUCAGAUCCCGUGGUGCGACCGUGAUGUAAUCGCUGGUUGUGAAAAAGAGGUGGCAGAUGCUGCAAAUGGUGGCUCUGAGGAACACAAGAGUGAAUGCAUUAUGCGGUUAUCAUGGGCUCUUGUUCAUUCUAGACAAGCUGAAGAUAUACAGCGUGGGAUCGCAAUGCUUGAAGCUUCUCUAGCAAGUAGCAGCAGCCCAUUGCAAAAGAGGGAGAAACUUUAUCUUCUGGCAGUUGGAUAUUACAGAAGUGGCGAAUAUGGUAAAAGCAGGCAGCUUGUGUUAAAGUUGGUCGUCAAAGCUUCUAAAAUAAGGCUCUCCCUUGUGAUUGUGCCUGAUUUUAGGCAGGUUCUGACCCUUAAGAAGACAGUUGAAGAUCGGAUUGCUAAAGAUGGUGUUACUGGAAAAGGCAUUACGGCUAGUGCUGUUGUAGGACUCAUUGCUGGUGGCAUUGCUGGUGGUAUUGCUGCAGCAUUGGCCAGGAAGAAGUGACCACCACAACAUAAUGUGAAUAAUAACAAACAUCACUCAGUAUAUUUCCUUCUUUGCUUAAAAAUUAGAUUGAGAAGUCAUUCCUGUGGAUUGAUUAGCCACUGACAUUUCUCCCCACGUAUUUUGGCAUUACAACAAGCCAACCUUGGGAUUAUUAGAGUGCCACCCUACAAUGUCCAAUAUGAUGCCUCAUUCCUUGAACAA